AUGCCAUUUUUAUGGAUCUUUCCACUAAAUAUUCAAUCAGGAUACUUUUAUCAUAUUGAUGCUUCACAAUGGACACAAAAUUUAGAAACAUCAAAAUCGAUUGGUAUUUCAUCAAUUUCUGAUCCAUCUUCAAAUGAUAUUCUUGAAUAUCCAGCAAUAUCAACCAAAAAAAUUAGUUCGAAUGUUUGUUUAGAUGAUAAAAUAAAUUACUCUGUAUCAUCAAAUUCAUCAAUUUCUGAUCCAACUUCAAAUGAUAUUCUUGAAUAUCCUGCAUCAUCCACCAAAAAAAAUAGUUCAAAUAAUAAUUCAAAUGACAAAAUCAAUUAUUCUGUAUCAAAUUCAUUGACGUUUGAUCCAUCUUCAAAUGAUAUUCUAAAGUAUCCUGCAACAUCAACCAAAAGAAUUAGUCCAAAUAAAUCUUCAGAUUAUAAAAUAAAUUAUUCUUCAUCAUCAAAUUCAUUGAUUUCUGAUGCACGUUCAGAUGAUAUUUUUCAAUUUCCUCCAUCAAAGAAAAUAAAAUUAAAUGAUAAACUCGAUUAUCCUCAAUCAUCAAUAGCUCGAAUAAUUGGCAGUAAUUUUCAAGAUGAUAAUACGAAUCGUUUUCAAUCACCAAUAAAUCUUCCUAGUUCAAGUACUAAAGUUGAUGUUAUAUUACAUGUUUUACCUGUUCAUCAUGUUCAUGGUCUUAUAAAUGGACUUUUAAUACCACUUUUCAUCAGUGCUACAGCAUGGGAACAUUUAGUUCAACCAGGUUCUGAAAAACAUGUAACAGUUUUUGCAGCUGUACCAACAAUAUAUUCAAAACUUAUACUUGAUUGUGAAAGAAAAUAA